AUGCGCAGCCGCUACCGCCCCCUGGCGGCGGACCCGGGCGGGGCGGUCACCGGGGAGUGGUCGCUCCCCACCGAGGCCGUCGCGACGCUAGAAGCGACUUGCAGAAAUAACAGCAUUUGUCUUUCUUACCAUGUGUAUUUCUCUGGAUUUCUUGACAGGAAGGCCUUAAAUCAUGAACUUUCUAAACUUUUCAGUCAGAUGUGGGACGUGGAUGCUAAUUGCCUUAUGCCUGGGAAAGACUGCACAAUUGAUUUGCAGCAAUAUGGUCUGCUUAAAAAAAACCUAGCAAAGCCAAACCUUGCCGAUUUCAAAUAUCAGCUUUAUGACAUCUAGUUCCAGCUUGAUGCCAGGAAAGAAGGAGACAGACCUGAUUCUUGUGGUUUUGAACAUGUUUUUGUUGGAGAAACAAGGCACGGCAAACAGAUCUUAGGUUUGAACAACUGGGUGCAAUUUUACCUUCAGGAAAAGUGCAACCAAACUGACUACAAGGGAUAUAAAAGCUGUAGUAAUGAAUCAAGGCCUGACAAAGAUGACCAAGCUUUGAGCAUCCAGUUCAACUGGAAGGGCUCAGUCAAGCCAACUGGAAGCAUCUUUAUCGGUGUCAGCCUGGAGUUUGAAUUUCCCCUUUACACUGUAAUUUUCCUGCUGGCUGAAAAAAGGGUCACACGUGAAACAGUGAAGACAGAGGAACACGAACUACAGAUGGUUAUUUGCUAUGGGCAACACAUUGGAACAGGAUACCCACUACUUCUCAGCACUGGUAGUGAAGACUAG